AUGCCAGCUGGCGGACGCAACUGGGAAGGAUUUGGCUCGGAUCCCUAUCUCCAGGGAAUCGCAUGCGCGGAAACCAUCAAAGGGAUCCAGGACCAGCACGUCAUGGCCACCAUCAAGCAUUUUGUCGGUAAUGAGCAGGAGCACUUUCGUCAGGCUUGGGAAUGGGGUCUGCCGAACGCCAUAUCGAGCAACAUUGACGACCGAACGAUGCACGAAAUCUACGCAUGGCCCUUUGGAGAUGCUGUGAAAGCCGGCGUGGCCAGUGUAAUGUGCUCUUACAACCAGGUCAACAACUCGUAUGCCUGUGGUAACUCGAAGCUUUUGAACGGCAUUUUGAAGGACGAGCUUGGUUUCCAAGGGUUUGUCAUGUCAGACUGGCUGGCGCAGCGGUCAGGGGUUGCCAGUGCACUGGCAGGCCUAGAUAUGACCAUGCCUGGUGAUGGUCUGGGUUGGGCAGACGGCAAGUCCCUGUGGGGACCGAAGCUGUCUCAAGCUGUCUUGAACGGGUCACUGCCGCUUGACCGACUUGACGAUAUGGUCACACGGAUCGUUGCAUCGUGGUACCAGCUGGGCCAGGACAACCACACUCUUUUCGACGCGACUGGUCCCAACUUCUCUUCUUUCACGGAGGAGAAGAUGGGAGUCACGGCACCUGGCAGCCCGACAGAGCAAAGCCUUGUUGAAGUCAAUAAGUUUGUGGACGUCCAAGCUGACCACGCCAAGAUUGCUCAGGAGAUUGCCAUCGAGUCCAUUGUCAUGCUGAAGAACGAGAGGGAUUGGCUCCCGAUGAGUCGUAAUGCCGAGUUUGGCGUAGAGAGAAUUCCUUGGAAGAAUAAGAAGCUCAAGGUUGGCAUUUUCGGCGAAGACGCUGGACCUGGCGAGGGCCCCAAUGCUUGUCCCGACAGGGGCUGCAACCAAGGUACCCUGGCUAUGGGAUGGGGCUCAGGAGCUGUUGAACUGCCGUACCUGAUCACACCCGCUGAGGCGUUGCAAAAAGGCUUCAACGCUAGCAGGGUUGAGGUCACCAAGUAUCUUGCGAAUGAUCUCCCCGGGCUGCAGGAGUCUCGUGCCUUGGAAGGUCGAGAUGUCUGCAUUGUGUUCGCCAACUCGGAUGCCGGGGAGGGCUUUGUGUCCUGGAACGGGAUCAAGGGGGAUCGCAACGAUCUGAGAUUGCAAAAGGGCGGAGACGAGCUUAUCUUGGAAGUGGCCGACAAGUGCGGCGGCGGCAAGGGCAAGACCAUUGUUGUUUACCAUGCCGUGGGGCCUGUGUUAGUCGACAAAUGGAUCAAUCACAAGAAGAUCAAGGCCGUCUUUGCUGCUCACCUGCCUGGCCAGGAGAGCGGGAAUGCGAUUGCUAGUAUCAUCUUUGGCGACGAGAGCCCAAGCGGCAAAUUGCCAUAUACCAUGGCUAAACGUGCUGAGGACUAUGGCGACGGAGGCGAGGUAAUGUACACGCCGAAUGAUGUGGUUCCCCAACAAGACUUCACAGAGGGCAUUUACAUCGACUACCGCUGGCUCAACAGAGACGGCCUGUUCCCGGUGGAUCCCCAGUUCUCUUUUGCCUACGGUCUGCAGUACACUGGCUUCUCGAUGGACAAUAUUCAGCUGGAGGUGAAGAAGCCUAAAUCCGCCUUCCCUGCUCCGCGACCAGCCCCUGGUGCCAGGCCGCCGGUGUACAACGGCACGGUGCCCCCCGUCGAGGAGGCCUUGUGGCCGAAAGACAUUCGCCGCCUGGACAAAUAUAUUUACCCAUAUAUCGAUUCAGCAGCGGAUAUUCGACACGGACACUACCCUUACCCCAAAGGCUACGAUACUGAGCAGCCCUUGUCUGGCGCUGGUGGCGACGAAGGUGGCAACCCUGAUCUGUGGGAAACAUACGCUGUGAUCAGCGUCGAGAUGCGCAACUCGGGCAAAUUCCCAGCCAAAGCAGUGCCACAGCUUUGGCUAUCAUACCCGCCAAACUCUGAAGCUACGGUGGACUUUCCCAAGCGUGUGCUGAGAGGGUUCGACAAGUUCUACCUCAAACCUGGGCAGUCGAAGAAGGUGGAGUUCCCGGUGACGAGGCGUGACCUGAGUUACUGGAACGUGGAGGAGCAGAAUUGGUUGAUGUUGACCAAAGGGAACUACGUAUUUAGCGUGGGACUGGAUGAGAGAACCCCCGUUCGCCAGAUACUGUGGUGA